AGUUGUAUGUAAAGCGGGGUUAUUGAAAGCAAAAUUAGAAGGCUGUGCGUAAAUAUUUAUUUAAAGGAUGAUCCAAAUGUGAACACAGUGGCGCCACCAACACAACGAUUAGAUCCUGCUGUCACACUCAAAUUGAUUGACAGUUAUUUUUAUUAAAGGGACUAAUAUUAGACAACUAAAUCCAAGUUAUUGUUUUUUUUUAAAAUGCAGUUACAAGUUUGUUGAAACUGUGAUAUUAACUGCAGUAAAACAGUCCAAUACAAAAAUACAUUUUUUUACCUAUUGAUGCAAGUACACUCAGGAGAUAUGUAGAGGAUGAUGAAGAGAGUUUUAAAAUGUCUGAAAACUGGAGAACAGUGAGGAAAAAGCUGUUUGCCAUGCCAUCCAAAAGCUGUGGCUGAGGUUAAAAACCUUUUGCCAUCUGGAUAAUAACCUCCCGUUUUUGACAAGCUGGCGAAUGUAGGGUUCUUCGAGGAAGCACCAGAAAUAGAAGAGUGAGCCUGUGGUUAAAGGUGUAUUCAUGAAACAAAUGUGAUGUGAUGCAUCAAACACAGGAAAUGAAAUGGGACGUUACAUCAGCUAAGAUUUUUAGAAUUAGUGUGAUGAUUGUAUUUUAAGAGAGGAAAGCUGAAGCGCUAAACGCCUUCAGGGCAAUAGGGGCAUGCAUAAUGAUAUAACAGCUGCUUAUAUUUGUCUUUUGAAGUCUGCGGUGCUAUAAAAUGAAACGGCUUUGAAACAGCUUUAUAGAUGUCUUGGUCAGGAUGAAGAGAAGCCCUACACAGUCAUAUGACUCUUCACUCAGUUGUGUAAAUAAAACAGUUGCUUCCGUCCUCAGAGGCUAGUGAGAGGCUCACAGAGCCAUGUCGUGUUUAGCUUCCUCCCCUCCCCCUCGUCUGCAGUGCUGACGCAUCUGCUGCUUUUGCAUCAAUCAGCAGCCUCUAUAAAGGUAUACCCAGAGUCCUCGCUGAGAGCAGGAUUCUCUUUCUCUCAGCCUUGCAUUCAGUUUGCAUGCUCGCCGCGACUAUGAGAAAAAGCAUGGAUGAACAUCUGUCCUGCGACUGCUGUGCUACACAAUAGGACAGUCGUCAGUGCCAUCUUCACUCGGGUUCUGCAUUACCUAACCACAGCGACUGCGUAAGCACGGACGAAGGGCUUUGGUGUAAUAUAUUGCUGCACAUGCAGAGACUGUGUGCACAAGCAUCAAACAGAUGGUGUAGCGUUAUGCAUUCAAGGUGCAUGUUCUUUCUAAGUGGGCUAGGCAUCAUUUUGUUUCAUGCAAAAGACAUUUUCUUCUUUGGUCAACGACGAGCUGCAUCGGGAUGGAGCUGAUGUGAUGCUGGGGAGAUUUAAUACGGCAUUUGCUGUGCAGCAGAGGACUCCUCACUCUAUGCUGCUAAUAGCUAUGCAGCUGAGCGCUUUCUCUGGCUUUGGAAUCGAGUACAGAGCUGGUGUGUGAUGUAGCACCCUGCAUCUCUCCGCUCUCCCUACAGCCCUCUGCCAUGCUUAAUAAAAGUUGCCGUUUCCUGCUCAGUGGCUCCAGAACGAAAGCUUCAGAUGCCCAGCUCGCACAAAGGCAGACACAUACUCCGGUUUAGCUACACGCCGUAUAAACUGUGAGUUAUUCCUAUAGCUGUAGUAGGACAGAAGAGGGACAGUCAGAGGAGGGCAGGGCAGAUCUAGCCCAGGACCUGGGCUGCAUGGACAGAGGCGAAGGACGUUGGAGCUGGAGUCAUCUGCACACAGAGAGGGAGGGAGAGGAAGAAAGACGUCAGAAAAAGCUCUGCUUCUGACAACACCACUGUUCAGCGACCAUCAUAGAAAAAAAACUACUUUCGCCUUGCUCUCACGAAACAGUUUUUCACGUAUAGUUUGGUAUAUGUGUGGCUGUAGGAAAGGGAUACUGCAUGACAUUGUUUCCUGUUCGCGGUGCAUCAUUUUCUCUGAAUUACUAAGAUGACCGUGGUGUCCCCAUGUACUCAAAACCUCAUGGAUAGCGCUCACCCUCACACUGUGCUUAGCAAGCUCAAUGAGCAGCGCUCACAAGGCCUCUUCUGUGACGUUACCAUUGUGGUGGAGGAUGUGAAGUUUCGGGCCCACAAGAACAUCCUGGCAGCCUGCAGCGGGUACUUCAGGAAUGCUCUGACAACUUCUGAGACAUGGAGCUCUAGCCAAGUGCUGGAGCUGAUGGACCUGAAGUCUGAAGUGUUUGCCAGUAUCCUCAACUUUAUAUACUGCUCUAAGGUGGCAUCCCCUGGUACAGAGGACACAGGGGGUCUUGUAGCAGCUGGCAAAAGACUUGGAAUUCCUUUUUUAGAGAAGCUUGCAGAACAAGAGAGGCAGGACGAAUGUGUCAAAUCCACAGACUCCUGUACAGCUCCGGUGUCUAAAAUAACAAAGAAGGAAGCCCCUAGGCCUGAGGAGACAGACGGUGCCAGAGGGCCACGCAUCACCAAUGCCUUCUCGAUCACUGAAGUGUGUCCUGGGAACAAUCCUUUCACCCCUCUGGUUAAAACAAAUGGGGACAGGCAGUCACCAGACGUGGGACAGCUCCCAUCAAGUUGUCCUACAACGUCCUGCUUCAACGGGAACAAUGAGACGACCCACGCCCUCUCAGAACACUCUUAUGCAGUAAGCAAAUCUACUGAAGGCAAAGAUAGCAGUCAGUGGGACAACAAGAAGGUCUGCAAGCCAGCUGUUACACAGCCAAAGCAACUCAUUUACAGGAAUGCAGGCCCGCUCAAAAAGCGCCACAGGUUGAGAGGAAUUGUGGGUAGAAGUAUACUUCCAACACCAGCUGAACCACAAACAGAUAAACCAAAUACAGGAACCCCCACAUUAAAUGAUGGUGGUACUGCAGAACCUGUCGCAGUUAUGGCACCACCUCCACUUUUUUCAGAGGCUGAAACAGAAAAAAGUGCCGACACAGGAUUACCUACGGCCACUGAUGAUCCUCAGAUGGAGCUGGGUCCACCGACCCUUUCCCCUCACACAGAGGACAGCAUUUCAAUCUACAGCUGCGAGCACUGUCCCGAGAUAUUCACAAAUAAAGCUCUUCUCACCAUUCACUCAGAGGUACAUAAAAAGCGUUUUGUUAGUCAUUUGUUUUGCACGUUUUGCCGCAGAAAGUUCAUACACCUCAAACGACUACGGAACCAUGAGCAGGUCUGUCCUAAGGCUGCAAGAGGCCCGCCUAAGCUAGACACCAGUGAUAUAUCAGCCAAAGACAUGGAUCACCAUUCAGAUGAAAAGUCAGACACGGAGGGCGUCCUCACACAGCCUCCUUCUGAAGACCCCCCCAGCCCUUACACGCCAGAACCGGUUCAAGUGGACCAAUCAGAGCCUCCACAGGAGGAGAAGGCCGUGAAGCCUAGUGGUGGUCAAAGGAGAUACAACUGCAGUGUGUGUAAACGGGUCUAUGUCACCCUGUCCAGUCUGAAGCGGCACGAAAAUGUACAUUCCUGGCAGAGGGCCUAUCCCUGCCAUUAUUGUAAUAAAGUGUUUGCUUUGGCAGAGUACCGUACUAAGCAUGAAAUCUGGCACACAGGUGAACGCCGCUAUCAGUGCAUAUUCUGCCUGGAGACAUUCAUGACAUACUAUAUCUUAAAGAACCAUCAAAAGUCCUUUCAUGGCAUUGAUCCCACUCUAGCUGUUAAAAAGAAAUCCGCCAACGGUGGGCUGAAAGCCAGCGUUUAUCCAAUCAAGCUCUACAGGCUUCUACCCAUGAAGUUUAGAAAGAGACAAUACAAGACGUACAGUCAGACAUAUUCCGAGAGUGUUGAAAGAGGGGAUCAACCUUUACGAGACAGCAGCUCUCUUAUCCCUCCAUUUGAAGAAAAUGGUGUGAUCAGCCACCCUGACGCUGCUUCAUUUCCUCUGACAUUCAUGGCAACAACAAAAAUGGUCUCACCUGUCAUGCCUCGCAUCAGCUUUGACAAGCCAUGUGACCAAGAUAUUGACCAAUGUCUGAACAAUGAAUUAGAAAUUCAAGGAGGCACAAGAAAAGGGGCUGAGAACAGAGAUUCACCCUUUAUUAACUAUGACAGUACCUUCUCUGUGCAACCCAAUACAGAAUCUCCUGCAGGUUACAAAGAUGAUCCACCAGUGUUAAUUAACUCAGAGCACAUGAGUCAUAAUGUGCCAUUCUUCAACUCCUUAAGCACUGUUAAAAAGUUAGGUGAGCUGUCCGCUUCUGCAAAAAGAGUUGAGGAAAUGACCAAGGAGAUACUUCAAUCGAGCACAGAGAAUCUGGGGCGCGAUAAAACGGUGGGAGCAAAAACAGAAACAUAUAUUGCCAAACCUGCUUGCCCGGGUCCAUCUGUGGACAGCGAUGCUAUGCCACUCUGUCAGAUAACAGUGAAAAUUGGCAAUGAAGCCAUCAUCCGCCGCCAAAUCAAAGGAUCUAAGCUCUUCCCCAGAAAGAAGAGGAGAAUCAGAGAGCUGAAUGAGGAACGGAGCCCAAGUCAGUGCCCUCCAACAAGGGAAAAAUCAGAGAGUCCCAGGCUCCGCCUCAGACCAGGAGGCACUGCCACCACAGAGCCAGAGACAUACGAUGAUCCCAAUGACUGUGACACAGCUGAUAUGCUUUGGCGUCCCUACUAUUCUUACAAGGCUAAAAAGAAAAGAAAGAAGCUCAGACACAAGCACAGAAAAGCUUUGUUUCACCAUUAUCCUGAAACAUCAGGAGACAGGACUGCUGCCAGUGAGGCCCACCUUGAUAGAAGUAGUUGGCUGACAGAGGAGAGCGUCCCAGGUGGCAGCACAGGGGUGAAACAUAGCCUUAGCAGGAACUGCAGCCCGAGGGCCACCUACAACUGUGACAUCUGUGACAGCUCUUUUAUCACAGAGACCGGUCUGAGAGCUCAUGUUAUUGGUUCCCACCCGUGUUUCUGCCGGACCUGUGGUAAACAAGGCCCCCCUGGUGAGGCGCCUGCCGGCGGAGAUUACAUCUGCAACAGCUGUAUGGAAAACGGCUCCUGCUUUGAUAAUACACCCCGGAGCCCCAACCCAGAGAAGAAGUAUCGCUGCUCCUUCUGUCCCCAGCGUUUUCUCUACCUUGCCACCAAGAGGAGCCAUGAGAAAAAACACCAGGAGACAAACGAGGAAGGAUACAAUUAUGACAACUUCACACCAUGUUCUAAAUACUCAGCACACCUGAGUGAAGACAGUAAACAAGACGCCAUCAAAACAGAAGACGGUGACAAUCAAGGCAUUGACAUCAAACGUGAAAGGGUGGAAGGAGAACAUUUUUCCAUCGAUAAGAAUAGGCCUAAAAUCGAGGACACAACUGACUUCACAUCUUUGACGACCUACCAAGACGUGUCAUAUUCCAACAUUAGGAGUCCGUUAUCGUCCUGCAUUGACCCACUGUUUUCAUUAACACCCCCAAAGGUGAAACAUAAAAUGGCAAAAAAGAGGAUCAGUGCACAGCAUUCUCUGCAUCUCAUUACAAAAAAACAAACCUGUGACAGAGACAGUGAGAGCAACAGGGACAUGUUGGUGGGACCAAGAACAAACAGUCACAAUGAUCGCGAGAAGUCCUGUAAACUAUUCAGAAGAAAUGACUCAGAAUCUAAAAGUACCCACAUUUCUAUACACAAGCCAGAGAAAUGGGUAUGCAAAGAGGAGCCAUUUUUUUAAAGGACUUUGAGAAGUGCGACCAGCUAAAGGCAAAAGAAAACAUGAAUAAUAUUUGAACUCAAGCCACUGCUUUGGUUGGGAAGUAUAAGAUUUGUAAUGUUGUUUUUGCAGCUAAGCUCAAUAAAGUGUUUUUAAAAAAUGGCACUAAAAAUGAGCAUCUAAUACCAGUGUAGGCUGUAAUUUCUUCCCUCCUAAACCAAACGACUCAGUGAUUUUUUCACAUUUGUAGAGGAUAUUUUUUGCAUAAUAUAGGACCUCCUGACACAGACUGUACUUUGUCUAUUGUCUAUGCAUGUAAGCAGACUCGGUGACAUUACUGUAACCUGAAGAAAAAACAUAACUCUUGGUGAUGUUUCUUCAAAUGUGCAAUAUCAAAACAGCAUUUGUAAUGUGUUGGUCAACUGAAAAGCUGCCUAGUCUUCACUUUUUUUAAAUAAGUUUGAGGAAAACAUGAAUUUUAAGACUGUCACAUUUCUGAAUCUCCCAUUCAGUUAACUGGUGAGUUGCACUUUAUCGUUAGACUAUGCUAAUUUGUUCAAUUCUUUGAUAAUUCAAUUUCCAUUUUAAGCACCACUGAUAUAAUUCUAAUUUCUAAUUAACACAUGGUACCAUUGAGAUUAAAGUUACUACUUUUGUGUGUUUAAUAUGUAUAAAACAUGUAAAACUAUUUAAAUAAAUAUUGCUGAUAUUCUAAACAGUUA